AAAAUGUUUCGCUUAAUUGUUCUAUAUAAUAAGAUUUUCGUAGAUUUUCUAAAACAUUUAAUGUUUCAUUUUCAAGUAGUUACGAUGAAAAUAAUUGUGAUUAUUCUGUUAUUUUUAGUUCUAAAUGUUUAUUCAGAACAAUGUUCACCAGAUGGCUUAAAAUCGAUCGCCUUAACCGCUUGCAAGACUUACGAAGUUUGCACAAACUCGAUAAGCAAGAAAUAUAACUGUCCGAUAAAUUCAAUUUUCGACCAAAGAACUUUGAGAUGCAAAGCGGACUUUAUAUGUCCUGAAACUGAAACAUGUAAGAAUUCUUUGGAUUACCCCGACCCUAACUAUCCUAAAUCUCGUUAUUACAUCCGAUGCCACAAAAUUAACUCAGUCUUCAUUGUGUCUUAUUUACAAUGUGGCACAAAUGAAAUUUUUGAACCAUUUCGAAAUCGUUGUACCACUACCAAUUACCCCAUUCCAACGGAAAAUUGCGAAGAAGAAGGUGUUUUUGGAUUAUACCACUACGAUUGUACAACUUACAUGGUUUGUAAGCAAAUUGAUUCACAAUUUGAUAAGAAGAUGUAUCGAUGUCCAAUAGGAAGUUAUUUCGAUCCAUGGAAAAAAUUAUGUGCUGUUGGAUACGAAUGCAUGGAAUCAAAGUGUAAAAAAGAAAACGAUAAAGGUCUUGAUGUAAAUGACCCAACUAAAACUCAAUAUUAUAAGUGUGUUUAUGACGCAACGGGAAAAUUAAUUCCUUUGUACCUUUCUUGCGGUAGUAAUCAAGUUUUUCAUGAAACAUUACAAAAAUGUCAAAGUAAAUAAUUGUAGUUGAUGUGGAAAAUAACGUUGUUUAUCUAGACGUUUGAAUAAAAUACUUCACUAACAAUAAG